GUUUGGUAGUACCGAAGGAAGUUAGGCUGCAUUCUCCGUGCUUGUGGGUGAAGAGGAUUGAAUUCCAGGCUGACAGGAGGAGCUGUUGCAGUCAAUUCAAUUGGAAGCAAUCCUGAUCACUGUCCAGCCCAAACAUGGGGAAGAAGAGCAGAGUGAAGACCCAGAAAUCGGGGACAGGAGCCACGGCAGUGGUCUCCCCCAAAGAGAUGAUGAACCUCAUAUCUGAGCUGUUACAAAAAUGCAGCAGUGCAGCUCCAUCUCCAGGGAAAGAGUGGGAGGAGUAUGUGCAGAUCCGAGGCCUGGUGGAGAAGAUUAGGAAAAAACAGAAAGGUUUGUCAGUCAUGUUUGACGGAACGAGAGAGGACUUCUUCCCUGAGCUGAUGGAUUGGGCUGCCAAAAACGGAGCGUCGUGCGAGGGCUUCGAAAUCUCUGAUUUUGCGGAGGAGGGCUACGGCCUUAAGGCCUCAAGAGACAUUAAGGCAGAUGAGUUAUUCCUGUGGAUCCCCAGGAAAAUGCUGAUGACUGUAGAAUCUGCCAAGAACUCGGUCCUCGGCCCGCUCUACAGCCAGGACCGGAUCCUGCAGGCCAUGGGCAACGUGACGCUGGCCUUCCACCUGCUGUGCGAGAGGGCCGACCCGUCCUCCUUCUGGCUGCCCUACAUCAAGACCCUGCCCAGCGAGUACGACACGCCGCUGUACUACGAGGAGGAGGAGGUUCAGCACCUGCAGUCCACUCAGGCCAUCCAGGACGUCUUCAGCCAGUACAAGAACACGGCGCGCCAGUACGCCUACUUCUACAAAGUCGUGCAGACCCACCCGAACGCCAGCAAACUGCCCUUGAAGGAUGCCUUUACCUUCGAUGACUACAGAUGGGCCGUGUCCUCCGUAAUGACCCGGCAGAACCAGAUCCCCACCGAGGACGGAAGCCGGGUCACCCUGGCCCUCAUCCCGCUCUGGGACAUGUGUAACCACACCAACGGACUGAUCACAACUGGUUACAACCUAGAAGAUGACCGGUGUGAAUGCGUGGCCCUGCAGGACUAUAAAGAAAACGAACAGAUAUACAUUUUCUAUGGGACACGGUCCAACGCUGAGUUUGUGAUCCACAACGGUUUUUUCUAUGAGAACAAUGCCCACGACCGGGUUAAGAUUAAGCUGGGAGUGAGCAAGAGCGAGAGACUGUAUGCCAUGAAGGCAGAGGUCCUGGCACGAGCCGGCAUCCCCUCGUCCAGCAUCUUCGCCUUGCACUGCAGCGAGCCGCCCAUCUCGGCCCAGCUCCUGGCGUUCCUCCGCGUGUUCUGCAUGACUGAAGAGGAGCUGAAGGACUACCUGGUGGGUGACCACGCCAUCAAUAAGAUCUUCACCCUGGGCAACACGGAGUUUCCCGUCAGUUGGGAGAACGAGAUAAAGCUGUGGACCUUCCUGCAGACCAGGGCCGCCCUGCUUCUGAAGACCUACAAGUCCUCCUCCGAGGAGGACCGUCAGCUAUUGGAGCAGCCUGACCUCUCCUUCCACUCCCGCGUGGCCAUCAAGCUGCGCCUGGCUGAGAAGGAGAUCCUGGAGCGCGCGGCAUCCAGCGGCAGAGCCAAGCGGGAACACUUCCAGAAGCAGCUGGAGGACGGAGCGCCCCUGCCCAAAUACGAGGAGAGCAACAUCUCCCUGCUGGAGAACUCCGACUCCGACUCCAAGCUGCCCAUCAUCCUGCAGAAGCUGGAGGAGGCGGAGACGGCCGAGCCGGACCUGAGCAUGGGAGAGGAGCUGGCUGAGGCGGAGCCUGAGGCCGGGGAGGGGCCCGGGGCCCCGCUGCUCAACGGGGAGGGGAAGGGGCCGCACGUGGCUGACGGGGACCCGCAGCCCACCGCCAGCAAGCCUGAGAGUGGUGACAAGCUUGAGGGUGGAGACCAGCUGGAAAAUGGAGACAAGCUUGAGAGUGGUGACAAGCUUGAGGGUGGCGACAAGCUUGAGAGUGGUGACAAGCUUGAGAGUGGUGACAAGCUUGAGGGUGGCGACAAGCUUGAGGGUGGCGACAAGUUGGAAAAUGGCGACAAGCUUGAGGGUGGCGACAAGUUGGAAAAUGGCGACAAGCUUGAGGGUGGAGACAAGCUGGAAAAUGGCGACAAGCUUGAGAGUGGUGACAAGCUCGAGAGCAGCAACACGCUCGAGAACGGCGACAAGCUCGAGAACAGCAACAAGCUUGAUAACGGCGACAAGCUGGAGAACCCCGACACCGACCAAAGUGCCAGACGAACUGGAGACGAAGCCAAAGACGAUGGUAACUAAACCGCCCAGGCAGAACCGUGGCCCUGUAGUUCCCCUCAUUAUUUAUUUAUUUUUUUGUCUCUCCGAGUGACAGCAAAAAAAAAAACACCGCACACACAAUAAACAAAAAAAAAACAAAACAAAAGGAGCAAAAAAGAAUGGACUGAAAAGGAAGAACUUACGACAGUCUAUUUGUCUCAUGUGGCUUAGAUCCGUGCGCCCGCAGACAGCCAUGCAGCUUCACACAGCUCAUACUGUAUGUCCUUAACCAAGCCCUCAGAGAUGUGUGCAAGUCUGACAUUUUAUCUCCUUUUGAGUUUUUAUCAAAGCCACACUGUUGUAUAUUGCAUUUGCAUAUGGAACAGAAAGAGUGGGAUAAUUGUAGGAACACCUUUUACCUAUAAUCAAGGCUUUAUAUUUCUAGUAAAAUAAAACUCUUUAUUUGAAGAUGAGCCUAGGGUUGACCUGAGCUUUGAAGGAACUGCUGGUGGCCUACCCUGGUCUACAACCAGCUGCAAUGCCUGGUUCCUCCUGGGGAACGACCCUGAGCCAUUAAGCAGGUUAUAAAAAGCAGCAGAACAUUGUUCAUGGUUGCUGGCUGGUUACCGGCUUGGGUUUAACAAAUGAUUCAGUUAAAUUAUUCAGUUGGUUUUUACAGAGUUAGGCAACCUUUUACUUUUAAGAUUAAAUUGGCAUUUUUCUUUUGUAUCCCCUGAGUAGAAUUAGACUUUGGAUGAAUGUACAGUACCUGGAACAGAAACCCACGUCUGUUUGUUUCUGGAUCUCAUGCCUGGUCAGUGAAUUGAUUUCAAAUGACAAUCUUUUCCCAUGUUUUGUUGUCAGUUCCUAUUUGUUGCGAUGGUCACCGUUUUCAUCUUGCACUGGUGAAUGAAUGUGAAUGAUUUUCAUUUAUAUUUUUUUCCUCUCUCCCCAGGCAAAAUAUUUGAAAUUGAUGUUUCAGAACGAUCCUGUUAUUUUGUAUGAAAAUAUGUGCAGAUAUUGAUAAAAAAAAAACGAAAAAAAAAACUUGACAGGUAAUGGAGUUACCAAGAUCGCUAAACUGAUUUGUGAAUGUAAUUCAGGAAUUGAGGUAUUGUAUUACAUAACUUGUUUAUAUAAGUUACAUUAAGGUCACUGAUAAGUAGUAGUGACAGCACUGCAGUUACCCUGGGUAAGCAAGUUGAGGUCUAUGGACAUGCUGUUUUGGAUAUAGUAAACAAUGCAACUCUCAAGAGCAAAGAAUUUUUCUGAAUCACAUGUCUUUGUGUUGUACCAGUGUUACAUUUUGCAUUUACAGAUUUUGUUGUAUUGGAAAGCCUUAACAAUCUGGUAUUCUGUAUUUUGUUUUCCACCACCUAACAGAAAAUGAUUCACAAUGCAGCCUUGGCUAAAGACGUGGGUGUAGUAUAUCUACUUCUCCACCGUAGUGCACCUUCACCUUUUAAUCAUAUCCAGUCUGCACUGUUUUUUUUUUUUUUUGUUAGUUUGUUUUUAUUUCAUUUUAUUUUCCUUUUUUUAAUUUGUCUUUGCCCCAAGAAAAUACGCUGCUUUCUCCUAUGCUUCAUUUUAAGAUGGUUUGACCGUCAACCUUGCAACAAUCUUUAUGUAAUUGAAGCUCUGUGUAUACAUUUAUCGUCACGGAGAGCCUUGGAGCUUUAACGGUGUUCAGUCUCAUUGUUCAGGGCCUGAAACGUUGUUAUCAAGCCAAGAUCGGUUUUCGACCAGAUUGUUUUACAUGCGGUCGUUUCACGUGUGAGGCUCGGCGGAGUUUGGCGGGGAAGAGCCGUCUUUACGGAAGCUAUCUACAGCGAGCGGUUGGCACCCGCUCCUUCUUUCGAACAGGAGAUUAAAGUUUAACUCAUUUCUCACCCGA